AUGGCGUCAACAUUACUCUCUUCGAGUACUUUGUACCUCUCCAAGUGCUUCAUUUCCCAUUCUAACCCUCUCGCCCACCGGCGCUUUUCCACGAACCGUUCGAGUGCGAUUGCUCACCUCCAGUUCAGGUGCAGCGAGUUCAACCGGAUUCGUUCGGGUCCUGUGGUACGACGUAUAGGCACUGUGGACCCGCGCUGGACCCAAUUGCAGUGCGCGGCUAGCUCUGCUUCCUCGUUUGCUUCCGAUGGCGGAGGGUCUGAUGGAAUUGUUGGGAAUGUCGGCGGCGGUGACAGUGAUGGUGCGCAGGAGGGUGGUGAGGUGAAGUCGACGGAGGUGGCCGCCGGAGAUGAUAAUGCUUCUGCUGCCAAUCCUGAUGUUAUUGUUCUUCAUGUUGGAGGAAUGACAUGCGGGGGAUGCUCAGCAAGUGUAAAAAAAAUUUUAGAAAGUCAACCACAGGUUUCUUCAGCUAAUGUGGAUCUCACAACUGAGUCUGCAAUUAUCUGGCCUGUAUCCGAGGCCAUGGCUGCAGUCAACUGGCGAAAGGAUUUAGGAGAGGCUCUUGCAAAGCAUUUGACAAGUUGUGGGUUCAAAUCUGAUCUUCAAGAUCAGGGAGCUCUUGAAGGGAAAAUUUGA